AAUCGAUCUCCCAAUCUCUUUGCAUUCUUAACCACCAUGGCAGCUAAAUCAACGUCAGCAUCACAACCAGAAGCUUCGCAAAAUGGAAAGAAGAACGUAAAAGCAGAAAAGCCUGUUGCAAACAAGCAGGAUGCCGAUGAUGAGGCUGAAGACGAGCCAGUGGAAAAGGGUGCCAAGGGUGAAGCCGUCAAGGACAUGCGAAAUGUUACCCGGUACUUUGAGGAGCAAGCAGAACGAAGUGUGGAUGCCGAUAAGAUCCAAAAGGCUCUCAAGACGCUGCAGGAAGAAGCCAUAGCCCACAAGGUCGCUAUUGCCCGAAAGCAACAGAUCGAUAGAAGCAACAUUAGUAAAGAAAACACCGAUCUUAUCGUUGCUGAAUUGAACGUUCCUAAGCUCGUCGCAGAAAAGGCCCUGCUUGACAACAACAACGAUGUGCGAGCGGCUCUUACCCAACUUAUCACCCAAUGAUGCUUUUCUAACGAGCAUUCUCAACUGUAUCAAAAUCACCUUAACUGACCAAGGUAUAGAUCAAAAGCACCAUGAAAAAUAAAAUACAAAGUUACAUUUACGCUCUUUAUGUCGCCA